GAAAAUCAAAAGCUUGAAAUAAAAGCCAGAAAAAGUAGUGAAAGCUAUGAAGGGUUUUGUUUGUAUUGCUGCAAUUCUCACUGUUCUUCUCCUUGUUCCUGCUAUCUCAUCUGCCAGACACAUAAGCCGGCCAAGAACACAUCAUAGGCAUCACCAUUCUCAUGGACAGGGAAGAACAAGAGAAGGGACAGUGGCUACAGCAGAGCCAAAUUACUACUACAGGGAAAGAAGGAUACCUCCAACGAAGAGAAAGGGUCCGGACACGCUUCAAAUCGCCGGCUCAAGCUUGCCGGACUGCUCGCACGCGUGCGGCUCAUGCUCGCCGUGCAGACUCGUCAUGGUGAGCUUCGUGUGCGCGUCGCUGGAAGAGGCCGAGACUUGUCCCAUGGCUUACAAAUGCAUGUGUAAUAACAAGUCUUACCCGGUUCCAUGAUGAUCUUUUGUUUAAAAACGGUGUAGUUUUGUAUCAUAGAGUAGAUUAUCUUUUUGGGUUUUUUUGUGGAUUUAAUCCAAUUUUAUAGUUAAUUGACCUUUGUAAGUUAAGAAAUGGAUUCCUAUUAUGUAAUGAAGAGAG